AUGGACGUUUGUUGUUUUGUUUCACAGGUUUUCGAAGUUUAUGAGCCUUUGCGAUUAAUAUAUCGCAAUUCGGACAACGAAACAAAAUUGCAAGUUCUUCAAGCAUCACUAUCCUGCGUGUUGACGCCAAAGACUGUGUGGAAAUUAUAUGAAAGAAUAUGUCGUACACUCUCAACCUGUGAACCCCCCUUGGAGCAAGUUGAAGAACUGAGCCACAAAUGUAAACACUGUUUUUCUGGUACUGUUGUUAAGGUAUUGCCUCAUCGAAUACCAGGUGGAAAGUUAUCGAGUCUUCUCCCUGUGCUUACUUAUCGAGCAGUUGGUGUUGAUAUUCGAUUAUUGCAUGUUGUUCGCGACCCAAGAGCAAGUAUAAAUUCCAGGAUAAAACUGGGAUGGUUCCCCGAGUUCAAUCAUACAAAAUUUACGAAAAUGGUUGAAAACUAUUGUAAUGUCAUCAUUGACAACAUCGAGUUCGGCCAAAACCUUGAUGAUUCGGUCAAACACAGAUAUAAGCUUGUUUUCUAUCGGGACAUUGCUGCUCAGCCGCUUAAUACAGCAAAAGAAAUCUUUACAUUCGCAGGGAUGGAUCUUGAUGAGAAUACUUUCGAGUGGAUAAAAGCCACAACAAAUCUUAGUAACAAGGCGGAAGCAAACAAAGCGAAUUUUAAGAGUCCAUACUCGUUGGUGAGGAAUUCUAAAGCGAACAUUGAAAAAUGGCGAAUUGAAUCUCCACCCGAACGUACAAAUGCCAUAGAGAAUAUUUGUAAGCCACUGUUGGAACUUAUAGACGAACUGAGCAUGAGUGAGAAUGUUCAUUGGAUAACUGAGUAA